UCAAGAUUCAUUUCAUUUCAAGACAAAUUUCUGCAAUACUUUUGUAGUUUUUCCUUACAAUAUUUAUCAAUAUCGUCUAUUACUCUAGUAAGAAUGUGGGAAUAAGCAUAUUGUGUUUUGCGAGAAUGUGGCUUAAUAAGUUUUUGGCAAGAACAUAGUAUUUUCGCGCCUAUAAUAUGUGCGUUUCUGACAUCAGUAUUUAGACGACAAUAGGUUGUAUUGGAACCAGUUUUGAUGUUUACCUUUAAAUUAUUAUGAAUUUUAUCCGGUCCGCAUGUCUACACUUUCGAAGGGUCUGUAUUCUUUAACCAGAAUAAUAAAUACCCAAACCCUUGUUCAAUGUUUAGAAGAAUAAAAAAUGUUUGUCUCGCACGAUAUCAUAAGCCCAAAGAAAAAAAUUCAAAAGCCAAAUAUUCUGAGGCGCAAAACGAAGGCGACUAAUCUUUCAUACUUAGCAUGUGAAUCUCUAAGUUCUGGGAAAAGUGUUUUGUCUCAAGAAUUAAGAGUUGAAGAUCCUCCAAAGAAACUAAAGCCCAUACAAGUAUUAAAAUUGAAUACUACAAUGAAAAGUCAUGAGGUAUUUGAGGAUGCAGCCCAUGAUACUGAUGAGACUGAUCUAAAUCCACAAGAGUUCUAUGUUGACAAUUUUUAUUCCUUAAAAGAUUUUAAUGAAGAUUAUAUAUCAAAAUUAGGCAAUGUAGUAAUCGAAAAAGACUUGGAGACCAGCGAAAAACCAAAGUGGAUGGAAUUUAUUAAUAACAAGACAGUGGUCAAGCCAUGUGAUGUAGAAAGUAUUUAUAUAGAGACAGCACCAGAAACUAGUACUAAAGUGGUUCCCAUAUCAAGUAUUACAAUACUGAAUACAUCAAAUUUUAACUCCGAGGAUAUGGAGAGCAGCAGCACAAAUAAGUUAAAGUGUGAUAUAGAUGGAUGUGAUAAGGAGUUUUCGAGUGAACAAAAGUUGAAAAAGCAUAAAAGCUUACACAACAAAGACGGCACUAUUAAACCACAAAGACAAAUAACUAUUGAGUGUCCUGUGAAAGAAAUCAGAGAGGAUGGAUCAGAAAAGUCCUGUGGACGAAUAUUUAAAGUUAGGGAAGACUUAUCAAAACAUUUAAAUGAAGAACAUACACCAGACGAAGCCGCUUAUAAAUGUACGGAGUGCUCGCGCUCGUUCUUCUGGGCGACGGGACUGCGCGCGCACAGCCGCUCGCACGUACGGCGGCCGGCGCUGGCGUGCUCGUACGCUGGCUGCGGCCGCGUGUUCCGCCAGCCCUGCCGUCUGCGCGAACACCAGCGCGCCCACACCGGGGACAAACCGUACCCGUGCCAGUACCCGGGUUGCGGCUGGUCGUUCCGUACGGCGAGCAAGCUGCUGCGUCACGCGCGUCGUCACACGGGCGAGCGGCGCCACCCGUGCGCGGAGUGCGGCACCGCGUUCCUGCGGCGCGAGCACCUGCGAGACCACGUCGCCCGCUACCACGCCCCGCGCCCGCCCCGCCGCGCCUGCACCGCGCCCGAUUGUCAGCGGACUUUUACAAACAUGAGUUCCCUCUACAAGCACAUGAAGAGAGUCCACAGGCAAGAACAAAAUUUGUCAUCUACAGAUGAAACAUCUGAAGUAUUGGAGGAGAAAAUAUGUAUACCUGGAGAGAGCAAAAACAUGUUUAUGAUAAGCCUAUACCCAGAGUGCGAGUUAGUCACGCCAGCGGAAGUGGAGCAGUGUGUUGUGGAGCAAAGUGUUGAUGAUGAGGAGCACGCCGCACGCACUCACUGUACGUGGCCGCUCGAACGCACACAUGUGUACACACACACAGAAGAGCAAGAAGUGGAUGCGAAUGCAAUGGACGCACAAGCAAUGGACGUACACGCAAUAGAUGCGAACGCAAUAGACGCGCACGUAAUAGAUGCGCAUGCAAUGGACGCAAAUGCAAUUAAUGCGCACGAAAUGGACAUACACGCAAUAGAUGCGCACGCAAUAGAUGCGCACGCAAUGGACGCACACGCAAUUGACGAGGACGCAAUGGAUGCGGAUGCGCACGCGCUCGACGAACAUGAAGAAAUUGUGCAGGACGUACACGCAGAAAUCGCACACGACGCGUUCGUUUUGGGCGAGGACGUUCACGUGGAACAGUGUGAAGGGGCGGAGAGCAACAGCUACACGAUACGAAGUGACCUGUUCCUGCACGGCAACGUCAUACACAAUGAGGACAGCGAGCAUAUGUCCCGUGCGCCGCCACUCGAUGCCGACCUGCUAGACGCGCCUUCAGUCGACAUAGCACAGGAGGAGUUGUACAGUGACGCGGUGGACGAGAGCUCGUUCCGCGUGUUCCUGCUGAGUGCUGAGGAGCUGGCCGUCGCCGAGUAAAACACACACAUCUACACUAUAAGGUUAAUCAGGGUAAGUUCGGACACAGGGUAAGUCCGGAUAAUUCAACUUAUCACUAAAUUAGUCGGUGUUUUUUUUUGCCUGGCGAUACGGACAUAAUAUAUACGCCAUACUGCACUGCAACCGCAAACUGUACUACUGUACCGUAGUCCGUAACUGAGUUCAAUUUAGCGUUAACUUGAAUUAUCCGGACUUACCCUGUAUCCGAACUUACCCUGAUUAACUAUAUAUCCUUGAAUAUACAUCUGCGCUGGGCGCUACGUUCGUCAACAGGUGCAAUAAAUGUUUUAGUUUUGGCUACAAACUUACAAAGUCUCUAAUGUUGAAGCGCUUUGGUGCGUUAUUUUCAGUUCAGCAGUUCACUGUUCUUGAACCAUUGUAUGUUGUUGAAAUACGACACCUUUAUUGUAUUUAUGUAAAUUUUUUCACAAAAAAUCCAGUGCAAUUCAGGUACGGUACGGUAACGAUUAGCUCCCUUAAAAUCGAUUUUUAAACAAAGUUGGAAGUAGCAGUAACAAAUAAAUAUAUUUUUUAUAUAUUAUAAUAUGUAUGCUAGUAAAUAACUUGAAUAUUAUAUGAUUGUCGUCAUUGCAACGUACAAAUGUUGCCAUAAUUUUAUAUUUGGCCAUAAACGAGAACUAAGUCUGUUGUCUGAUAGCCAUAACAUCCUUAUAGUUUCCAACUCAGGCAUAAAAUAAUUAGGACAGCGGAAUCGCUCUGUCUCUUUCUCACUUAUGCUAUUAAUGAUCGACAGACAAGGAUCGAUAUACUGCGAAUUGCGAUAUGCACAAGUGAAAGCAUAAUAUCGAUAUGUACAAUUUUUAUUUUCGAUUAAUUUUAAAAUAAUAAUAAUAUACAAAACUAAGUAUGGCCGACUAUGAUGUUACCCCUUUGUAAAUUGUUUUCAGUAGUAAAGAAAUACAAAUCAGAUUGGUCGAGCUUCAUCUUUUGUUUAUACAUAUGUAUAUAAAUCGAAAUAACAUAAAUGAAUAAUAAUACAGGAGGAUGAGUAGAAAUAUGCCCCUUGUAUACAUUUACAGUAAAAGUAGCAGUAUUAUAUUGUUUGGGGUAUUUCUCAAAAAACAUAAAAGUCACAAGUCACUUUUUCAGCGCUGCUACCUUCACAGGUAACUCUAUACAAGCGAUGCAUAAAAAUUCUAAAGUAUUUUCACUCAUAUUAUAAUAUGUUACACCCUGUAU